AGUCAAGAAUCUGAUGGUUCUCGCUAAACGUGGUUAUGUACAAGUAACAGAACUUGGAAGAGAGAACUUGGAUUUCUCCUCUUUUCCAAAUCUUUCUUCGAUUUCUGAACAAACAGAAAAUCAGUUUAUUGACAAGCGGAAUAUCUAGACGCGAUGCAUUCCAGCUGGAAACGAGACCGCAGUCUGGCGAAUAGCUGCGUCCUGCGAAUGGCGCAGUCAGGCACGCGGACGCGCCGUGCUGGCCUCACAGCUGAUGCGCGGUGACGUCACUACAACAAAGCCAUGCGCGCUCGCCGUUCGGUACUCGGCUCGGCGGCGAAGCGCGAGCGAGUCGCAGGCAGCGGACUGAGCGGACGCACACACCACACAUUCGGCGUCCGUGGACACGACGAGGUGCGCCCUGCGCCGUCUCGGUGUUAACGAGCUGCGAGUGUCGCUCCAGUCCGUCGUCAUUAUCAUCGUCGUCGUCGUCGUCGUCGCCUGUCAGGCCCAGGAUGCCGUUCAUAUCCAAGGACUGGCGUAGCCCAGGCGAGGAAUGGGUCAAGACAGUCGAGGGAUGGGAAAAGAAGAAGAUCCUCGAAUGCGCCAACAACAAAACCCUCUCGCUUCUUCUACGCGGCGAAAAAGAUGCCGGCGAUAAGAAAGAGAAGGACAAGAAGAAAGAAAAUGCCGUCCAACCACAUUGUCACAUCACGUUGAAAUGUACACGCGAGAUCGCUGGCUUCAAUGGCCUGAGCGACGCCUUGAAGAGGCUGGAUUUCCUAUCCGCUGUACACGACUGCCGUCGAUUCAAUUACAUAGUCCGUCUCCUGGAUCUCUUGGUCAGUCAUAGAAUGGGCGGUCUUAGCGGAUGCGCUCAAAGAGUGCUUUUCAAUAUGCUCGAGGAAGUCGCUCUGGAAGUGUCACUGUCGCAACAACAGACAGGAAGGCUGCGGCGUCUUAUAGAAAGAGUUCGAGCCUUUAGCGCUGGUUGCUGCUGGGGUGGCAGACCCUUGGGUUCCGUUAUCCUGUGGGAGAAACAUAAAGCAGCUCUGGAGAGAAUAUUGCAAAUCGCUUCGUCAAUCACUAUUACCCAGCCGGACGAGGAGCAGCAACCUCAAUGGUCGGAUCUGCCGCCUGAGUGUCGUCGAGAGAUCCUCCUACGCUUGAGCGACCCUCGAGACAUCGAAGCUUCUUCCGAGGCGUGCGAACACCUUGCCGUUUUAGCGCAAGAACAGCGAAUCUGGCGCGAGCUUGCCCAAUAUCAUUUUACGCCACAGCAAAUUGCUACCACCAGACAGAAUAAUCCUGGGAAAGAUUGGAAAACCAUAUUCACUAUCGCUCGGAGAUUGUUCGGAUUGCGAGAGGAGUAUGCCGAGAUGAUACAGUUAUGCCGUAAUUGCCGCUGCUUAUUCUGGCGGUCGCUGGGUCAUCCCUGCAUCGCAGAUCAGGAUCCUGCGUUUCAAGAGAAACUGGCGGACGUCGACCAAGCAUCUCUCCAUGUGCCGAUCCCUCCGCAGACCUUUCUGAAAUUUUUCUCGCUGUGAAAGCUUUCGAGACACGACUAUAUCGUAAGAGCUCGUAAGAAUGAAUGGUGUAUGUACGGAAAAAAGCGGAAACUGCGACGCAACUGCCGCUAUGAAUGAUUGCUUGACGGGAUAAAUGCUAUACGUAUGAAAGAAAAUAAUAGAAUGACGUUUAAAGAUGUUGCGCUGCAUUUAGAGAGACUCUAAAACGUUACCUUCUGAAAAAGAUAUAUUUAACUCGAAAUAUAUUCUCUAUUUGUUCUCUCAAUAUACUGUAUGAACCUGAAAGAUAGAUAUCGGUAUUAGGAAUACGUCCUUUGAGAAAUUCGACGCCGACCUUAAUAAAUAUCCAGAGGCCUACUUAUCUAAUGAACGAGCUUCAGUAUUUAAAAGGCUCAAAAGCUGCCCAGAGCCAGAAAGACACAAAGACACGUGUGCCUGCACAAACGUCACACGAUACGUGAAUCAAUAUCCUCUGAAGUUCUAAUUUUAAUUGCUUCAUAAUUAAUAGCUCAAGUUUCGUUGAGGAAUAAUCUUUUUCUCUCUCUGUCUUUGAUCGUUAAGUAAUAUUCCCUACUGAUUUUCACUUCAUCAGGCUCAUUCUGUAUCUUGAUCGAGUGCAAUUGGUAUUUUCUGAUCGGAAUCUUCCGUGUAAUAUGAGAUUCCUGAUCUGGUUUCCU